UCUAUUCUGUUCGUCACAUCUCAGUUUUUAAAAUGGAAUUUGUUGAAAGUAAAAGAGGUAAAACGAUGUUGAUUUUUGAUGGUUUUAAAUAUGUUUUUGGUUAUACGUCACAAACAAAUGUAACUCGGUGGAGAUGUUUCAUGAAAAAUUGUCGGGCAAAUAUUUUUGAAAAAGAAAAAGUAAUACUUGAAAUGAAAGGUGAUCAUGGAGACAACUGUUCCGUCAAAAAUAUAGAUCGUCAAAAAUUAGCAACGACAUGUAAGCGGAAAGCUGUUAACAAUAUUUGUCAAAGACCUAGAAAAAUAAUACUAGGUGAGAUUCAAUUAUUAAACUUAAAUAAAAUUAGUCCAAAUGUUAUUAAAAUAACUAUUUUUCAGGAGAAAUUAAAGAUUUUGGAGUUUCCUCAACAAUGA